GCAGAGACAAGACUGAGCGGAAUUAAAGUCAAAACUCCAGUCGUUUUGUAUGCGUAUAGCGUUGACUAGGAGAACUGUCUGAAAGUUUUCGUUUUGGACCUAAAUCCACCAACAAUCGCGCAAAUUCAGCGCGUUUCAAUACUCCAGCUAUAUUUUAUUACCGAUGGUUAUAUAAAUGCAGUGACGACGGAGAAGCGCAGCACGUUAAUCGGUGGUGGAAUUAGUAUUUUGUCACCGCUAAUAUGUUCACGGUGUAGGGACCCCUCACUGGCGGCGUGGGACUCUUGAUGGACGGACACCACGAAAGAGCUUAGUUACCGAAAAGUUCAGAGGUACUUCGUCUUGGGUCUACCGCACGGUUCCCUCUUCUUUUGCCCGGUGAACUGAAGACACACCGGGGGAAAUUCGACGGCCACCGCUCCCGGCUGGAGCUCGCCUCCUGCUUCUCUAUCCCACACCGGGCUGAGUGGGCAAGACGACAAUGCUUGACAUAAUGUCGGAACACCAAGAAUCACUGUUGACGUGCAAAGCAGAGCCUUUGCCUCCAGAGAAAAAAAAGAGGACUGUAGAGGACUUCAACAAGUUCUGCAGCUUUGUCUUGGCAUAUGCUGGUUACAUCCCAAGUCCAAAAGAGGAGAGUUCAUGGUCUCCCACAUCAUCCAGCUCUGCACACAGUUCGGGGUUAUCAGCAGAUGGUGGCGGGGGCAGCAGCUCCAUGGGAAACCCAUGGGCAGACGGAAGCUCGGACAUCCACACCAUCCAUACAUUUGUCCGCAAAGCACGAGCCAAUAAGGGGAAAAAUAUACGUCGUAUGCACUCAGACAGCACUCUGCUGGACAAGAUGCGACUUAAAGACUCCCUGUAUGAGAGCCAGGCUAGCUCUAAAGCAGAGCGUAAAAAAGAGAAAAAACUCAAAAAACUGUCUCUAGGUUCUGCUGUGACAGCAGCAGACAGUGGUAGCAGUGAAAGUGAAAAGAGGGCUCGCAUUAAACGCAGCAAAAACUCUAAACAGCCUAAAGCCAAGAAGCUAAAGAGUUCAGGGCAGAAUCAGAUGGACACAGAGAUACGCGCAGGUAGAGAUGAGCUGAAUGCACACGCCGCAUCCACGCCAGGCAGUCUGGGCAAGACGAGGACGGAUGAGUCUCUGAGGGAAGCAGAAGUGAGCUCCAGUGAGGGGGAGACCUGGAUUGCAGAUGAAGAUAUCAUGGUUGAAUCAGGUGAUGAUUCAUGGGACUUGAUAACUUGUUACUGUGGAAAACCGUUUGCUGGACGGCCAAUGAUUGAAUGCAACCAGUGCAGCAUUUGGGUGCACUUGUCCUGUGCAAAGAUCAAGAAGUCUAAUGUUCCUGACAUCUUUUACUGCCAUAAGUGCAGGGACUUACGGCGAUCAGGACACAAAAAGGACACCUAGAAGUGAUGAGGACAGGGGAUGUGUUUUCUCUGUCCUUUUCUUUUCUUUUGAUGCCUACAGCCAAAACAGCCUGAGUUAUGACCUAAAUGGCAACAGAAUUGUCAGUUGUUUGUAGGAUAUAAUUUGACAAUCGUUCUUAUUUAUCUUUUACAUUUUAGACUGUUUCUUUAGGUACUGUGUAUACUGGACAGAAGUUGGGAGUGACAGUGGAGAUUAAUUUGUUACCGAACAAAUCCUGUUGUAAUAACUUACCAUAUGUCGUAUGUAUUUUCACAUAAUGUUUCUCAUUCGCUUGAUGUUUCAAUUUCAUAUUAUUGAUUGAAGCUAUUGAUAAAUCAGUGGACAUUUACUUUUAGCUUGUAUCAAUUUCUGUUUGAAAGAUGUUAAAUUAAAUCAGUUUUUCAAAUUGGUAAUAUUUAGAAAAUGUCACUCCUUUUUGAUUAGUUUCACUUGUCAGUGCUAGACAGGCAGCUAGAUUUGCUUUGAUUGUAUUUGGGGGGGGGUUAAUUUUGUGUUUGCUUGAUUUCUUGUCAGUGGUGAUCACUGAAGGCAUCUCCAGCUCAUUCAGAUUAUUGGUUUUCAGCUGCAUUUGUAUCUGAAUUGCUAACCAUUAACCAUAACAUUUUCAGUAUAGCACUUUUUAAAGCUACCCAAAUACCAUUUCAGAAGCAUACACUGGGGGUUUGAGCUGCAGGUUACUUAAUCUGUAAAAGGCAUGCAACUAUCUACACUUAUUAUUGAGCGCUUAAUGUUUCUCCCUUAAUCAAUCUUCAAUAGCCAAAAAUACUCAAUACAGUUUAUGUGUUUAGUUUUAUUUGUGCUUUUCAUUGAGAGACAUGCGGAUGUAAAGUUGCUGUGUGGUAGUGCUUAACUAUUUCACAUCGGUGGGGAGACGUGACAGAGAAUGGCUGUAAAAUAUGUUUUCUUGUAAAUUUAUUUUUAGCACGAGAUGGAUCCUUCUCAUGUCAGAUGGAGAAAGUUGUUAUGUACAGAAAAUAAUUUGGCGCCAUGUUGGUGGCAGGAUUGUUUGUUUAUAUUUGAUUUUACCAUGUAUGUUUCGGUUGGGAGAGAUCUGAGGAGUCUCUAGUAGCAAUUGCACUCUCAACGUGGAUCCUCUGUACAUAUUCUGUUCUUCGACAAGUGUACAUAUGUGAAAGUGAAGAUAAACUACCCAAGCAAAUUCUAUAUUUUCUGCAGUCUGAUAUUGUUUUCUUUAAUUGUAGCUUGAGAAAUAAAAAACUGGGAAGAUCUUUA